GUUUAUCAAACAGUUGUCAAAAAAGAAAAUAUAAAUUUUUUUAACAAAAAUAAUAAGCUGUAUUGUAUUUGAAAGAUGGCUGGAGCAUUAGCUCGAUUUAGUGUUGCACCAAAACAAUGCAAUGCUAACUGGAUUGCAAUUUUUGGGGGCAACAUUGCACGUUUCAAUAGUACUCAAGGGCCACCACCUCCAGGAACUCCACCACCACAGACAAAAACGAAAUUCGGUCCUUUAGCUGAUGAAGAUCGCAUAUUUACAAAUUUAUACGGUCGUCACGACUGGCGUUUAAAAGGAGCAGUUAAACGUGGUGAUUGGUAUAAAACAAAGGAAAUUGUCUUGAAAGGUCCUGACUGGAUUAUUAAUGAAAUCAAAACAUCUGGUUUACGUGGACGUGGUGGCGCUGGUUUUCCAAGUGGAAUGAAAUGGUCGUUCAUGAAUAAACCGUCAGACGGCAGACCAAAAUACUUAGUUGUAAAUGCAGAUGAAGGUGAACCAGGAACAUGCAAAGAUCGUGAAAUUAUGCGGCACGAUCCCCACAAAUUAAUUGAAGGAUGUUUAAUUGCUGGAAGAGCAAUGGGAGCACAAGCUGCUUACAUUUAUAUUCGUGGAGAAUUUUAUAAUGAAGCAUCAAAUAUGCAGUUAGCAAUUGCAGAAGCUUAUCAAGCUGGUUUGAUUGGUAAAAAUGCAUGCGGAUCUGGAUACGACUUUGAUGUUUUCAUGCAUCGUGGUGCUGGCGCUUACAUAUGUGGAGAAGAAACAGCUUUAAUUGAGUCUUUAGAAGGAAAGCAAGGAAAACCGCGUCUAAAACCACCAUUCCCCGCUGAUGUUGGUGUUUUUGGCUGCCCUACUACUGUUACAAAUGUUGAAACCGUUGCAGUAGCACCAACAAUUUGUCGACGAGGAGGCGUGUGGUUUGCUAGCUUUGGUCGUACUCGUAAUUCUGGUACAAAAUUAUUUAAUAUAUCUGGACAUGUAAAUACACCAUGCACAGUGGAAGAAGAAAUGUCAAUACCAUUAAAGGAAUUGAUCGAAAGACACGCAGGUGGUGUAAUUGGGGGUUGGGAUAAUUUACUUGGUGUAAUCCCUGGUGGUUCAUCAACUCCUGUGAUUCCAAAACAUGUUUGUGAUGAUGUGUUAAUGGAUUUUGAUGGCUUGAUUGCCGCGCAAACUUCUUUAGGAACAGCUGCUGUAAUAGUAAUGGAUAAAUCAACAGAUAUUAUUAAAGCAAUUUGGAGAUUGAUUAUGUUUUAUAAGCACGAAAGUUGUGGCCAGUGCACACCAUGUCGUGAAGGAAUUGGUUGGAUGAACAAAAUUAUGGCUAGGUUUGUCACUGGCAAUGCUCAACCAGCUGAAAUCGAUAUGCUUUGGGAAAUUUCUAAACAAAUUGAGGGUCAUACUAUUUGCGCUUUAGGAGACGGUGCAGCAUGGCCUGUACAAGGUUUAAUAAGGCAUUUUAGACCAGAAAUAGAAGAAAGAAUGAAGCAGUAUGCCCAAAAGGCAAAUUAGGAAAAUCUUUACUUUAAAUAAUCCUUACAAUUCAAAUUUGUUACCAUUACUUCGGUCAGAUAUUAAAAUAUACUAAAUCAAAUUGAACUAUAAAAAUGGAAAAGAUUUGUUUAAUAUGCAACUGAAACAUACAAACUUUGGAAUUUUCGAAAAAUAAAAAUAAAAUUCAAUAUCAAAGUAA